UGAAGCGGAACCGGCCGUUUCCGGAAGCCGGCAGCCGCCCCAGCCUUCAGACCGGUGGUUGCGACAGUGGGACUGUAAGCGCAUCCUUUCGCUCGUCCGUGUGUCUGGAUCCGACCCGUAACGGUGGGGAAAGAAAAUGGCCCUGCUGUGCUACAACCGGGGCUGCGGCCAGCGCUUCGAUCCCGAGACCAACUCCGACGAUGCUUGUACAUACCACCCAGGUGUUCCAGUCUUCCAUGAUGCCUUAAAGGGCUGGUCUUGCUGUAAGAGAAGAACAACUGAUUUUUCUGAUUUUUUAAGCAUUGCAGGCUGUACAAAAGGUAGGCAUAAUAGUGAGAAACCACCUGAGCCAGUCAAACCUGAAGUCAAGACUACUGAGAAGAAAGAACUUUCUGAAUUGAAACCCAAGUUUCAGGAGCACAUCAUUCAAGCACCUAAACCAGUAGAAGCAAUAAAAAGGCCAAGCCCAGAUGAACCAAUGACAAACUUGGAAUUAAAAAUAUCUGCCUCCCUAAAACAAGCACUUGACAAACUUAAACUGUCAUCAGGGAAUGAAGAAAAUAAAAAAGAAGAGGACAGUGAUGAAAUUAAGAUUGGGACCUCAUGUAAAAAUGGAGGGUGUUCAAAGACAUAUCAGGGUCCACAGAGUCUAGACGAAGUCUGUGUGUAUCAUUCUGGAGUACCUAUUUUUCAUGAAGGGAUGAAAUACUGGAGCUGUUGUAGAAGAAAAACUUCAGAUUUCAAUACAUUCUUAGCCCAAGAGGGCUGUACAACAGGAAAACACAUGUGGACUAAGAAUGACGCUGGGAAAAAAGUUGUUCCAUGUAGACAUGACUGGCAUCAGACUGGGGGUGAAGUCACCAUUUCAGUAUAUGCUAAAAAUUCACUUCCAGAACUUAGCCAAGUAGUAGCAAAUAGUACAUUGUUAAAUGUGCAUAUUGUAUUUGAAGGAGAGAAGGAAUUUCAUCAAAAUGUGAAAUUAUGGGGUGUGAUUGAUGUCACACGAAGUUACGUAACUAUGACUGCAACAAAGAUCGAGAUCACCAUGAGAAAAGCUGAGCCUAUGCAGUGGGCAAGCCUUGAACUCCCUGCAACCAAAAAGCGGGAAGAACAAAAAGAAGAUACAACAGAAUGAGUUGACAGGGGGAAAAAGUUCUUGCCUAUUUCAGAAUUCUUAGUAUGUGGUAAAAUGUUGGCUUGCUGCUGUAAUCUUUUGUUGUUGCUGUUGUCAUCGUCGUCGUUAUUGUUGAGUCUGGCAUUUCAGGGUCAACAGUAGGUUCUUAUAAGCCAAAGUCAGAUUAUCUUUUUGUGCCUCCCAUCUUCUUUUUGAGUUACCUACGGUUGAUUAUCCAUUUCUUCUUACUUGUUAGAACUGUAGUUGUGUCCUAUACUUGAAAAGCUAGAAAACAGUUACAGUAUUUCUUGGUAUGAUAAUAUGUUUAGCAGACAGGUAUAAAGGAACAUUUGUUUGGUUCACAUCUGUUCCUACUAUCCCAUAAUUAGUAAAGCCAAGAUGGAAUAUCAGAUUUCUAAUUAGUUUUUUCCAUGAGUUUGUGUUCCUAUAAUACUUGAAAAUCUUCAAGACAUGAAGCUCUGCAUUGCUUUCUCACUUGGGAAGGUUACUUUCUCUAGGAGGAUUAAUUCUGAGGUAGUGUAGUAUCACUAGUAAACGAAUGUAUGCAUUGAUUAACAAAUUGGAAUUUGUUUGCAACUAAUUAAAUUAAAACAUUGUAUCAGUACCUAUUUACUUGCCAAGCACUAUGAUUUAAAUGUAUCAGAAACAUUAUAAAUAAGCGUAGAGAGGCAUCAAUUUGGUUAAACUUUGCUGUUUUAUUAAGACUAAGCAAUAAUGUUAAACAUCUCUUUCCUGAUCAUUUUAUAAGGUCUUUGUAUGGUGGUAUGACUAAAUUGUACCUGAUUUGUAGCCUACACCCUCUUAAAGUCUUUAGUUAGUUACAUGUAAAGAUAAAUUAUAUAUCUAUAAUUUUCCAUCCCUGAUGGAAAACUGUAUCUAUAAAACUGUAGACUUAAAGGCUUAUGGAAAUACAUUAGAGUAUCAAAAACUAAAUAUUUAAGCUUUGCUUUAUGAGAAAUAUCUAUUAUAUGUUAAGUAAAGUAGCUCAUUCUUUUGGGAUUUUGUUUUAGGCUUUCAUAAACAGCUUGACAAUUCUAGGUGAUACAGUGUUGAUUAUAUAUUAUACUUCAUUAGAUACAGGUAUCACAGACCUAAAUUGUUUAUGCUAACUGAACCCAUUAAAGGAUACUUUUUGAGGCAGUGCAGAGCUCACCAAGAAAACUAAAAUUAAGAAAUGUUAUGAAGGCCAGAAAUUUGGCACAGUUUAAGCAUUUUGGGUGUGAAUUAUGCUUAUGUAGAUUAAAAUGAUUAUUUCCCAAUCCCCUUGAGUGUUUUUCUUUUGUUCUUAAAAAUAAAAAUUUGCAAAAGAACAGUUUUUGAAGUACAGGUUAAGAGGCUUAGUAUCAUACCACUACCCUCAGCAAAUAACUACUAAAGGUGGUUACGUAAUUUUUCAGUGAUUUAGCUCUGUUACAAAUAAAGACAGUCUGGCAACCAGGCUUUUGUGACACAUGGUAUUUUAAUGAAAUACCAUGGUAAGAAAUAUUUGGCAGUACAGUUGGACCAAAAUAGAGCAUAUACAACUUGGGAUUGUAUUUAAAUUUCUUUAAAUUAUCAUUCAUAAUUUAGGAACUGGGGUUCAUUUGGAGACAUGAAAUCGUGUUUAUUGUUUAAGGGGAGAGGUUGAUACUUGAUUUGAGAUAAUGAUUAAUACAUCAUUUUUAGUGUUUUCUUCUUGAGGCUUUUUUCCUCUAAAUGAGAUCUUAACAUGUUACAUGAAAUUGAACUAUUAUUCAAAGCAAGUGGAUUAGUCACCUAAGAGUUAGUUACGAUGGAGUACUGACACUGUGUGUAGUGUGUGUGUAUGUGAGAGAGAGUAUGUGAGUGAGAGAGAUGUAGCUUUAUAUAGUCUGGUUACAUUAGUGACCAUUCUGUUUCCUUUCUUAUUUCUGUGAACCUCUGAUUUGUUUCCUAAAUAAAAAUCUAAAUGAUA